AUGGGUGGCUCCCACGAAAAGAAGAGGCAGAAAAGGCUCAAGGACCCUCACCAGAAGGCGAAGUCCCAGAGCAGUAGGAGCCUCGGCGUAGACAAGUUUGGUCGAAAGAUCAAGUGCUGCGUGCUGUGCGACGGCUAUAGCAACGACGACUCGCCGUUGAGCACGGACGACAAGAACCACGGGUGCCUGCCCUGGAAGCACCACAAGCCUCGCCAGGUGUACGUCGCCGAGCAGGGGCUCAUCGUUGUCCACGACCCGGACGGCAAGAUCUGUUUGAUCUGCCACAAUGUCUACAGCAUCCUAGGCAUAGACUUGCAGCAUGACUCGGUCGCGAAAUAUUUGGAGUGGGUAUUCUCGGAGGCGAUCAGGCACCACAACUUCACCAAUUCCAGGGGCAUAUGGAUCCAGCUGCACAACAAGGAUCCGCAGGCUGUCAGGCUGAAGAGCGCGGAGCACACCAACCACCUCAAGAGCCUCCUGACGACGCACACGUCGGGCCGCAAGACUCCAGGGCUGGUGUUCGUGGAGCUGCCGGAGUACGAGCGUGACUUCGGCAAUGCCCCCGAGGAGAUCCAGAGCACUGAGAUAAUCGGUGGAGUGGAGACCAAAGGGGUCCUGAUGAUGGCUCCAGGGGAGAAGAAGGGCUACCACCACGUCGAGGAGUACGACGACAAGGCGACCACCACCAAGACCGUGGUGGACCAUGGGGACGUCGAACUCGUCGGCGACCAGGUCGGCUCGAAAAUGCAGGCGACCAUCAGGGCCAGCAGGGAGAGGAACGCGGCACCGGCGAAGAAGUUGGAGAAGGUAAAGCCGAUGGCUCACCCGCUCGAGGGCAUCAUGUCGAGGCUUGCGAAAUCGGGCUUCGGAAGAUCCUCGGCCGCGAGUCCAUUCGGGAAGAGGUCCAGGGGGGAGGGCGACGACGGCUCGGACGACGACGGCUCGGACGGCUCCGAGGGCAACGGCUCCGACGACGCCUCCUCGUCGAGUGAGUCCGUGAGCGACGACGGCCUGGAGCAGAGGACCAGCAACCCCUUGAGGGACCUUUCCAUGGCGGGGUCGGCGAAGGCACUCGAGAGGGAUCGAGCCGCGCGGCAGGCGGCGCUGGGCAGCGUUGCGCCCUCCACUGGGAAGAAGGCCACCAAGUCACCAGGGUCCAGCAGUGGAGGAGGGGGGGCGCCUUCGCCAGCACCCCCUCCGCAGAAGAGGACGCUGUCGCAGCCGCCACCUGCGCUUCCGCCUGCCCAGAAGAGGCGCGGGAGGCCGCCAACGAAGUCGCUGGUUGAUGCCACUGGUGCCGGGAACGAGGCCUUCGCGAAGGUGGCCGCUGAGAUCGCUGCGCUUGCGACUGAGGUCACCCAGAAGGCCGUCUUCCACGAGACCCAGAACUUGGCCAUCAAGGAGGAGGCCAAAGCCUUCAAGAAGAUUAUGACCGCGAAGAAAAACGACCUGGCGGCGCUUGAGAAGAAGCACACGACUGUGCAGGGCAAGCUGAAGAAGCUCGAGGGCUCGUUUGACAUCACUGACCUCGACUGCGACCUCAAGGUUAUCGAUGACGUCCUGACCGCUAGCAAGGCCCUGGUCACUGGCAUGAUCAACGGCCUCAAGGGCAGCGAUCUCGACGACGUGACCCAGGCCAUCAACACCAUCGAGGCCAACUCCGAGUCCAAGAUCACGUUCCCGUACAAGAUGGCGCUGCUCACGACGCGGCUCGAUCGGGCCGCCCAGUUCAACCAGCACGUGAAGUUCGCGGACUUGCUCGAUAAGGGCAAAGAGCAUAUCAAGGACAUAUUGGACAGCGAGUGCGAGGAAGAGGCGUUGGAGGAGCGCGUGCUGCAGCUCGUGGAGGCCCACGCGUCGAAGCUCCUGAAGGCGCUGACCCACGCGGACAUCGGGAGUGGCGGGCCAGCCAUCACGACAGUGGACGAGUUCUCCAAGGCCAUCGUCGAGAGCAACGUCGUCGGCAUCGACGUCUUGAGACCGCAGUUCCAGAUGUUGCGCCCGAUCCUACUUCCGAGCAACUUCAAGGAGGACGAGAUCGACGCCAGCAUCGCCGCAAUCACGGACGUCAACGAGGAGAGCGAGUCCCCGGUGCUCCUGGACAUCAAGUGGUCCGAGAAGUGGCAGGUGCUCAAGGAUCGAGCAACCUUGAGCGUGGCUACUCGUAAGGGCGCGACUGGCGCCGACGCGACUCUCGGUUUCAUCAGGGAGAAGCUGGACGAGUUCGUCUUGCCACCGCACGGCUGCAGCAAGCCUGAUAUCGUCGCUAAGUUAGAGGAGUUGGUCGAGUUCGACGGGAAGCUCUGCAGCCUAACGAAGAAAGGCACUUCCAAGCUCAGCGAACUUCAGAAGCAAGCUGUGGACGAAAUCCGCAGACUCCUGACGUCUAAGGUCACGUCGGUCUGCCGCAUCGCCAUCACUGACUUCUUCAAUAGCGUGGUCGCCGGGCACGUCGAGGCUGACAAUGACAGCUGGAACCUCACUGACAUCCUCGGCGACGUGCUCAAGAAGCCUUUCAUCCAGCGCAGCGUGCCUCUCGGCGACACGGUUGACGGUUUCAAGCCGUUCGCCAAGGACUUCGCCUACGUGUGCCAAGGGCCGGGCACUGACUGGGACCUGGAGAAGAUGUCGCAGGUGGACAUGGGGCGCUUCAAGAACGGCAUGAAGCUUUUCUCGGCGCGAGAGGCGGGCCUGAACAAAUGGGUCGAGCUCGCCAAGGAGUUCACCACCACCCACGCCAACGAGGCCCUUGGGAAGUGCCAGCGGGAUCUGACCGCCAAGGCCAAGCAGUUUCUCAUCGACGCGCCGGAGUCGCAGGUUGAGACCAGCGUUUUGAGGGAAGUUGGCAUGUCUGCCAGUGCCGCGUACCACGGGUGGGAGAAAAACUUGCCCAGGACUGAGUUCAGCAUGGAUGAGGAGAACCACCCUGACCCCAUGGACCUUGAGGGCGAUCCGGAGUUGGGGGCGUACCAGGGCUGGAACGAUAAGAUCCUGUACUCGCUGUUGGAGCUCCGCCAGGCCGUCGCCAAUUGCAAGGACAGGGUCAAGGGCUUGGCGGAUUCCCUGGAGAAGUACUACCUCAAAUGGGUUCACGACGAGGCGUCCCCCUACGCCGCUGGCGGCUUCGAUGCGGCAAAGAUCGGCGAGCUCACGAAGUCUCUGGUCUCCCAGGGCCAGGCUGAGGUUAAUUCGGGCAGGGAUCGUGCCCGAGCGGCGGCUGCCAAGAAGGCCACGAAGUGCAUCGAGGAGGUCAACAGGGACUUGAGCCAGCUUCCAUCGUGGAGCAACGAUCGCGUGAACUUCAUCAAAGCGAUGGCCCAGGUCCGCUGCAAGGCGGGCUCCUGCAACUCGGCCAAGGUCAACAAGGGCAUCGCCGCGCUGAUGGAGUGCAGAGAAUCUCUCGAGGGGACCAUCCACACGACGGGCGAUGCCCCGAAGGAGAUCGAGGCGGUGAACAAGGUAAUCGAAGACUGCGAGAAGAUUGGCUGCGUGUACGCGCUGCUCGGCAUCAUCACUGCGCCCGUCAUGUCCCGGAAGAACAUGGCUGGCGACUACGAGAAAGUCCUGGAGCACGCCGCCAGCAGGUCGGUGGCCCUGGAUGAGAAGUUGCUCAAGGCCGCGAACAUCUUCGACCCGAUCAUCAAGAGGAACUCGAAGGACAAGCGCCUGGGUGCUAAGGAGAAGAAUGGGCAGGCGAAGCAGGGCAAGCAGGGCGCCGCUGGGGGGAAGCACAGCGUGGCCAAGUCGGAUCCGAGCGCGGAGGCAGGAACGACGGGGUCAGCGGCCGGGGCGGCGAAGAGCGAGCACGAGGGCGAUGCCCCAUUGUUGGACGAGGCCCAGGAGGUGGGGGAGUCAGGGGACGAGGGCGCAGCAGCCGCGGGUGUCCAGGGGGGCGGCGCGGCCCUGGAUGACGACGAUGCCCCCUUGUCCCAGGCUAUCUAG